AUGGAAUCUAAAGGAUCUCCUAAUUUAAUUGACAGAAGGGUAGAUGAAUUUUCCAAAGAAAGGCCGAGCGUAGAAGAAAUUGCCUCUUUUUUAUCUUUGGAUUGUGUGGUUAUCCCUCUUGAAAGACCUUAUAUAUGGUCUAAUACAGUUGUAAGUCUAGAUGGUGUUUGCAGUAUAGGCCAGGGAAAAAGGGGUGUACGACUGAUUGGGUUGCAUCACCUAUCCGACUCUCAAGGAAGUACAGACUUCAAGUUGUUAUCUGCUGGAUGGGCUUCAUCUGACGCAAUCAUAUUUAGCGCAGCAGGCCUACGUACUGAGUGUGAACAAAAACUUUUGGUUGUCCAACCGGACCUCUUAAAUUGGAGAAUGAACACUCUUAAGCGCCAAUCAAGACAGCCAAGUGUUAUUGUUGUGACUAAAUCUGGGUGGCUUGAUAUCAAGCACCCGAUAUGGUCAACAGAUAGAUUAAAAAUAAUAGCUACUUCUUGUAAUGGAAAAAAAGCUAUUCAUAAGUAUCUUCUCAAUAAUGAAAAGGAACUGUCGAACGAUGCUGGAAGGAUCAGCCUAUGGUUGAAAGAGAAAUACAACAUUAUUAUCAAAUCAUUUCCAGACACUCAAAAUGAAAAUUCAGUUGAUUUGGUAAAGCUGUGUACAUAUUUAAAAGUGGUACACAGCUUUCGAUACCUGGAUAUAUCAGCUGGUCCGACAUUAAUCAAUUUGUUUUUAAAAAACAAAUUGAUUGACGAAUGUAGAUACACAAGAUCAGGAGUACUGGUCGGACAGCAUCCAUGGGGUGACUGCGAAGGAGUCGAGGGGCCUGAUAAAAGACCACUCCAAUAUCCAGCAUCUAUAAACUUCAAACCUUUUGAAUGGCCUAUUCUGAAAUUCGUUGGUUUAAGAAUGUUCGGUCCCUACCAUGUAUACCAUAGAGGGUUAUGGCAAUAUCGCCACUAGCUUUUUUACCGGGAUCGGAUCUAGAACUUGCUUUAGCCGCGCAUGUUCUAGCAUUUGAUAACGAAUAAUAUCAGUACACAAACGGAACACUGAAACCUCUAAAGGGGCGAUAAAGCAUCUAUCUAAGAAGUCAACUGGUGGUCAUUAAUAAGAGCAAAAUUGCCUCAACCACGACUGCAAAGUCAUACACUACGUAGGAUUUUUGCUCUACAAUACUCUGCCUAAUAUCAGGAUUAUUUCACAACACGCUAUUGUCCAAACACUAAAAAAAAUAAUGAGUCACUAUGGCUUAUCCUUUAUCUAAUUCGCCAAUUGAAAUAGACAAUCUCGUCAAGGUGUGAACAUCCAAUGCUUGACAUAAUUUCAUCUCCGUAAACAAUAACGUUGAGGUCUAAAAACCAUGCAAUAAUUUAUCAACUGACAAUAGAAUGCGACCGUACUCUAUCUCUAAUAAAUUGCUGUGCAGACUGGAAAAAUUUGAGCAAUAUACGCCUGACAGUGAAUAAACCCUAGAUGCCACUGGUGUAUCUCAAAUAAAUCAACUCAAGUUGUACAUAAUAUCGCAACAGUCUUAACAGUCUUGAGAUGCGUCUAAAAAAUUGACAUGUCGUCAAAACUCACAUACGAUAUGGGUGCACGUUUGUACUGUCUACAUCGCUUUUUCGGCAAGCACACCUGGAAUUAUUAUUCUCGCAAUACUGAAUAAAAAGUGCCUUCAAUAUUUUCGCAUUGCAACAAA